UAGUGGUAAGGAAUGAGAUGGUAAUUUAAAAAAUAAAUACUAUGUUCAGCCCUAUUUAACGUUCAUAGUAUAGUUUAUGCAAUAAACAUAAACAUAAUCGAAUCUGCUACUCUGAAAACGGAAGCUACUGGAUGCUUGGUUGUUGAAUUAGACGUUUGACGUUUCAGAUCACCGCUUUCGCUCCACUAGCUAGCAAUUCUUACAGCGGACUAUUUGUCCACUCAUGCGCUAGGCCUUAUGUUAAACUAUUUGACAACCGCGUCCAGAUUAUUUCUCCGAAACACCGUGCCCAUCUCGACGAGGGGUAACUACAACAUCAUUUGUCGGUUUUACAGGAGAAUGGAUCGAGCCGUGGUAAGAUGUGUCCCGUGGGAAUCCAAACUCACUAUUUCCUUCGUCCUUGAUGGGAGUAACAAACACAUGCUCAGGGACCAGACGGAGGAGCUAGGCAAAGCACUGGCACGGAUCGCAAACAGUAUCAUCAAGGGCCAGGGCAAAGCUAAAAAAUAUAAGAAAAACAAAGGCGCGCCCACAGACGCCCAGGAGCCCGCUGCAGCGGUGAGGUUGUACUACAACGGAGACUUUGUGGCAGAGGAUGCUAUAAACUCCGAUGCCUGGCAGGAUGGGGCAGUUUUACACGUGGGGGACAGUAAGUACACAGUGGAGAGGAACCCUCCCACAUUCACCACGGCAGAGCUGCCCGCUUCUCUGCUGGCCGGGUUCCCCGUGUGCCCGAAGCUCAAGGUAGAAUUCGGGGAUUUGAAAGACUGUCGGUUUAAAUGGUUCAAGGAGAGCAAGUCCGGUGCAGGUGACGAGGAGCGUCGAGGAGAGAACGGUUGGACCGAGGCGGGGAGCGAACGGGUGUUUAUUCCCUCAAAUAUGGACAUUGGCUCCAAGCUUAAACUGACAUGCACGCCGGGUGACGGCAAACGGUGUGGGAUGGACAAGGAGUUAGUAACCACCGGUACAGUCGAGGCAGGGCCUGGUUCCUGUACCUUUGACAACAGACACAUGUACACCAACAAGGUCACAGAUGACAUGACCAUCAGAGUAGUGUCAUACAACAUCUUAGCUGACGUUUACGCACAAACAGACCUCUCCAAAACCGUCCUGUACCCUUAUUGUACUCCCUACGCAUUGGAACUGGACUACAGGCAAAGUCUGAUAAAAAAAGAACUGUCCGGCUAUAACGCUGACGUCAUCUGUCUUCAGGAAGUGGAUAAAAACGUGUUCUCGGACAGUCUGUCUCCGGCCCUGGAUGCGUUCGGCUUCGACGGGGUCUUCAGGAUUAAGGAGAAGCAGCACGAAGGUUUGGCCACCUACUACAGGAGGUCAAAGUUUAAACUACUCAGUCAACACGACAUCAUGCUGAGCGAAGCGCUGACGUCAGACCCUAUACACGAAGAACUGUUGGACAGAGUGAACAGCAACCCUGCCUUGAAGGAGAAGGUGAUGCAGAGAUCUACCACACUACAGGUGAGUGUCCUUCACUAUCUGAACGAUACAUUCAAGAAGAUUUGUGUUGCCAACACCCACCUCUACUGGCAUCCCAAAGGUGGGAAUGUGCGUCUGGUCCAGAUGUCAGUAGCUCUGAAACAGCUGCAGCAGGUGAUCACCCAGAGUUACCCCGACGCCUCGCUCCUCUUCUGCGGGGACUUCAACAGCACCCCGUCUUCGGGGGUCUUCCAGCUGGUGAACCGGGGGGUUCUGCACAGCACCCACCCAGACUGGAGCUCCAACGGACCGGACGAGCUCUGUCCCAUGGAGGUCUCCAACCCCUUCCAGCUGAGUAGCGCCUGCGGCGAGCCGGCCUAUACGAACUACGUAGGGGGAUUCCACGGUUGCCUGGACUAUAUCUUCAUGGACCCGCGGGUGCUGCAGGUAGAUCAGAUGAUCCCUCUGCCUAGUCACCAGGAGAUCACUACCUGUCAGGCCCUUCCCAGCGUCUCACACCCCUCUGACCACAUAGCGCUGGUCUGUGACCUCAGGUGGAACUGAAGUUAAGCUCUUCCCUCUGUAUACAGCAGUCUGUGGCGGAUCAACCAUGUCUUUCUCUAAACUAGGACCAUUACAGUGUGUCUCUGUACCGUGUCUGUCUCUAAACUAGGACCAUUACAGUGUGUCUCUAAACCAUGUCUGUCUCUAAACCAGGACCCUUACAGUCUGUCUCUGUACCGUGUCUGUCUCUGUACCGUGUCUGUCUCUGUACCGUGUCUGUCUCUGUACCGUGUCUGUCUCUGUACCAGGACCAUUACAGUGUGUCUCAGGGUUCAGGCCAUAAAGCUUCUCAGAGUAGGACCGCUGAUCUAGGAUCAGGCCAUAAAGCUUCUCAGAGUAGGACCGCUGAUCUAGGAUCAGGCCAUAAAGCUUCUCAGAGUAGGACCGCUGAUCUAGGAUCAGGCCAUAAAGCUUCUCAGAGUAGGACCGCUGAUCUAGGAUCAGGCCAUAAAGCUUCUCAGAGUAGGACCGCUGAUCUAGGAUCAGGCCAUAAAGCUUCUCAGAGUAGGACCGCUGAUCUAGGAUCAGGCCAUAAAGCUUCUCAGAGUAGGACCGCUGAUCUAGGAUCAGGCCAUAAAGCUUCUCAGAGUAGGACCGCUGAUCUAGGAUCAGGUCAUAAAGCUUCUCAGAGUAGGACCGCUGAUCUAGGAUCAGGCCAUAAAGCUUCUCAGAGUAGGACCGCUGAUCUAGGUUUUCCCUUUUUAGAGCAUUCUGAUUAUAUACUGGAUAUGGGGGGAGCUGAUCCUGGAUCUGUAGUCCUACUCUCGAGAUGCUUUCUGAGUACGUGCCCCCCCCCCCCCCGAGACACUUUCUGAGUACGUGCCCAGUGCUUGAGACACCGACCAGGCCC